CAGCCUGACCAGGACUUCUCUCCAGCAGGAGACCACUGUGUGCAGCUCCUGUGACGAUGUCCACUCCAGACCCACCGCUGGGCGGAACUCCUCGGCCGGGCCCUUCCCCGGGCCCCGGCCCCUCCCCUGGAGCCAUGUUGGGCCCUAGCCCGGGUCCCUCACCGGGCUCUGCCCACAGCAUGAUGGGGCCCAGUCCGGGGCCUCCCUCAGCAGGACACCCCAUCCCAACCCAGGGACCUGGAGGAUACCCUCAGGACAACAUGCACCAGAUGCACAAGCCAAUGGAGUCCAUGCAUGAGAAGGGCAUGUCAGAUGACCCCCGCUACAGCCAGAUGAAGGGAAUGGCGAUGCGGUCGGGGGCCCACGCAGGGAUGGGGCCGCCGCCAAGCCCCAUGGACCAGCACUCCCAAGGUUACCCUUCUCCCCUGGGCGGCUCUGAGCAUGCCUCCAGUCCAGUUCCAGCCAGUGGCCCGUCCUCAGGCCCACAGUUGUCCUCUGGGCCAGGAGGGGCCCCCCUGGAUGGUGCCGAUCCCCAGGCUUUGGGCCAGCAGAACCGGGGCCCGACUCCAUUUAACCAGAACCAGCUGCAUCAGCUCAGAGCCCAGAUCAUGGCAUACAAGAUGCUGGCCAGGGGGCAGCCCCUCCCCGACCACCUGCAGAUGGCGGUGCAGGGGAAGCGGCCAAUGCCCGGGAUGCAGCAGCAGAUGCCAACACUACCUCCACCCUCUGUGUCCGCAACGGGACCUGGCCCCGGCCCUGGCCCUGGCCCUGGCCCGGGUCCAGGACCAGCACCUCCAAAUUAUAGCAGGCCUCACGGUAUGGGAGGGCCCAACAUGCCCCCCCCUGGACCCUCAGGCGUGCCUCCUGGGAUGCCAGGUCAGCCUCCCGGAGGGCCUCCCAAGCCUUGGCCUGAAGGACCCAUGGCGAAUGCUGCUGCCCCCACGAGCACACCUCAGAAGCUGAUCCCCCCACAGCCAACGGGCCGCCCCUCACCUGCGCCCCCCGCCGUCCCGCCCGCUGCCUCCCCAGUGAUGCCGCCCCAGACGCAGUCGCCGGGGCAGCCUGCCCAGCCUGCCCCCAUGGUGCCAUUGCACCAGAAGCAGAGCCGUAUCACCCCCAUCCAGAAGCCGCGGGGCCUGGACCCUGUGGAGAUCCUGCAGGAGCGGGAGUACAGGCUGCAGGCUCGAAUCGCACACCGAAUUCAGGAACUUGAAAACCUUCCCGGGUCCCUGGCCGGGGAUUUGCGAACCAAAGCGACCAUUGAGCUCAAAGCGCUCAGGCUGCUGAACUUCCAGAGGCAGCUACGACAGGAAGUGGUGGUGUGCAUGAGGAGGGACACAGCCCUCGAGACGGCCCUCAACGCCAAGGCCUACAAGCGCAGCAAGCGGCAGUCCCUGCGUGAGGCCCGCAUCACCGAGAAGCUGGAGAAGCAGCAGAAGAUUGAGCAGGAGCGCAAGCGCCGGCAGAAGCACCAGGAAUACCUCAAUAGCAUUCUGCAGCAUGCCAAGGAUUUCAAAGAAUAUCACAGGUCGGUCACAGGCAAAAUCCAGAAGCUCACGAAGGCGGUGGCCACCUACCACGCCAACACGGAGAGGGAGCAGAAGAAGGAAAAUGAAAGAAUUGAGAAAGAGAGAAUGCGGAGACUCAUGGCUGAAGAUGAGGAGGGGUACCGCAAGCUCAUCGACCAGAAGAAGGACAAGCGCUUGGCCUACCUCUUGCAGCAGACAGAUGAGUACGUGGCUAACCUCACGGAGCUGGUGCGGCAGCACAAGGCUGCCCAGGUCGCCAAGGAGAAAAAGAAGAAAAAGAAAAAGAAGAAGGCAGAAAAUGCAGAAGGACAGACGCCUGCAAUCGGACCUGAUGGCGAGGUAAGGGAUCAGGAGUUUCUUUUCAUGGAAAUGCCAGCCCAUGCCGUUGCUAACAUCGUGUUCUUCCUCCACUCCCUGCUCACCAGGCUGGACCUGUAUCGAGCCUCGGGGAAGUUUGAGCUUCUCGAUAGGAUUCUUCCCAAACUCCGUGCCACCAACCACAAAGUGCUGCUGUUCUGUCAGAUGACCUCCCUCAUGACGAUCAUGGAAGAUUAUUUUGCGUAUCGCGGUUUUAAAUACCUCAGGCUUGAUGGAACGACAAAAGCGGAGGACCGGGGCAUGCUGCUGAAAACCUUCAACGAGCCCGGCUCCGAGUACUUUAUCUUCCUACUCAGCACCCGCGCCGGGGGGCUCGGGCUAAACCUCCAGUCGGCCGACACUGUGAUCAUCUUCGACAGUGACUGGAACCCCCACCAGGACCUGCAAGCCCAGGACCGCGCCCACCGCAUCGGGCAGCAGAACGAGGUGCGGGUGCUCCGUCUCUGCACGGUCAACAGUGUAGAGGAGAAGAUUCUGGCCGCCGCCAAGUACAAGCUCAAUGUUGACCAGAAGGUGAUCCAGGCUGGCAUGUUUGACCAGAAGUCCUCCAGCCACGAGAGGCGCGCCUUCCUGCAGGCCAUCCUCGAGCACGAGGAGCAGGACGAGAGCAGACACUGCAGCACGGGCAGCGGCAGUGCCAGCUUCGCCCACACUGCCCCUCCGCCAGCGGGCGUCAACCCCGACUUGGAGGAGCCACCUCUAAAGGAAGAAGACGAAGUGCCCGACGACGAGACUGUGAACCAGAUGAUUGCCCGGCACGAGGAGGAAUUUGACCUGUUCAUGCGCAUGGACCUGGACCGCAGGCGCGAGGAGGCCCGAAACCCCAAGCGGAAGCCGCGCCUGAUGGAGGAAGACGAGCUCCCCUCGUGGAUCAUCAAGGACGAUGCUGAGGUGGAACGGCUGACCUGUGAGGAGGAAGAGGAGAAAAUGUUUGGUCGCGGCUCCCGCCACCGCAAGGAGGUGGACUACAGCGACUCGCUGACGGAGAAGCAGUGGCUCAAGAAAAGCGACAGGAAGUACAUCCAGGACAUAGUAAGCAAAAACGCCAUCGAGGAGGGCACGCUGGAGGAGAUCGAAGAGGAGGUCCGGCAGAAGAAAUCGUCUCGGAAGCGCAAGCGGGACAGCGAUGCCGGCUCCUCCACCCCGACCACUAGCACCCGCAGCCGUGACAAGGACGACGAGAGCAAGAAGCAGAAGAAGCGCGGGCGGCCACCCGCUGAGAAGCUCUCCCCAAACCCUCCCAACCUCACCAAGAAGAUGAAGAAGAUCGUGGACGCUGUGAUCAAGUAUAAGGACAGGUAAGCCACGGAGCGCAGCAGGUGGGCGUUGGG